GGGUUGUCAAAGAAGAUGGCUAAACCAGAAAGGCAUCCCUGGCCUUAUGGCCCCCAAUGGAAUUAUUAUCCUCCGCAUAUGCUUAAUUUUUCUAAAAUUCCCUUUUCCAAUGGACCUCAAGUGAAUAUCGAUUCUAAUGAAAAUUAUCUCUCCAUUAGGUGCCCUGAACCCCGUAGGCCAUAUCAAGUUCCUUAUUCUUCAUUUACGUCUUAUUAUCACCAAGAAACUCAUCCAGUUCGUUCAUAUUUGGAAGCAAAUCCAGUUUAUCCUCCUAAGCAAUAUUUGUAUAGACCUCUAUGUCAGGAAAACAUUAACAGUUCUUAUAAAGUCGCUGAAAAUCUUCAGAGCUAUCCUGCUUGCUCAAACUAUCCUUUGGCCAAAGAUCAAAGCACAUGUUACCAAACAACAUGGAACAAUACUAGUCAUUUUCAAAGAAAUCCACCUGAACUAGAUGUUCGUCAUUUUCUGGCAACUUGGCAAGAUAAAGAUGAUGAUUUUGUUGAUGUUUCUACUGAUAAUGAUCAAGCUCAAGUAUAUCAAGGAAAUGAUUCCAUACCGUUGGAUUGUAGUAAAAGAAAUAGUAAUGAUAAAAGUAUUAGGAAAAGUUAUAAUGAUAAUUUUUUGAAUGGACCAACAUUAAAUGCUACUGGUUAUAUUGUACAACCAUAUUAUUUAAAAGAUGAUUCAAUGGCCUUGAAUAGACCUGUUAUUCCAGAGGAAUUGAAUAAUAAUGUUCUUCAUAGAAACAAUCUUAACUAUGAAAAUAAUCAUCAAAGUUACCAAAAAAAUUUUUAUCCAAAUACCAUUAAAUUUCCAGCUAGUAAACUACUACCUUGUGAACAUAAUAUGUCACCAUAUAGUCAACCAUUAAAUCACUGUGAUAUUACCAGUAGUCAUUUAAGAAGCUCUAUGAACCCACCUCGGCAGAAAGACCUUGUUGUAGAUUCAUCAGAAAGAUCUCAGUAUAAUUUGACUUCUUCUUUAGAAUCUGGAGAGCUGUUCUGUGACAUAAAUCCACGCCAUGAAGAAAUUCAAAAGCCUCCUGUUAUUCAUCCAAUGUUUAACGAUAAUUUACACAAAAUGAACGCAGUUGAUGAACCAUGUUAUUUUGGAAAUGAAAACAAUGAAUUUUCAGAAAAUUUAAUGCUUAAUGAUUUUGCUCCAUUAAAAGAUUCAUGGGACAUGUUUUCAUCCAACUUGAAAGUUAAGGAUAAUACCAAAGUAUCAAAUAAUCCUAAGUCUGUUAAUAAAGUGUCACCUCAAAAUCUUUAUGAACAUUUGUUAUCAAAUAAUAAUGAUGAUAAUAAUAAUGCUACUAGUGGUAAUGAUAAUAAUAUUAAUCUUAAUAAUAAUGUAACCUCAAUUGCUUAUGAAGGUGCCUUUAAUAUUUUGCCUAACAUUUCUUCUAGUAACCAAAGUUCUACCCCACAUAAUGUUGGUAAUGCGUGUGUUUUGCAAUCUCAUGAACCUAUAAAACCAAAUUUAAGUUCUCAACCACAUAUUUCUACUAAAUUACCCACCAAUGUCACCAAACCAAUCCAGGCAAAUACAAAAAUUAGACCAUUUCAAUUUAAUGAAGAAAUUAGCUCUGAUGACAUUGAUAUCAGCAUAGCCUCAUCAGGAGAUUUUCUUGUCGAAGAUCAACCAAGCCUUUGUUGUAAUUCUGUUAUUAGUUUUUCAAAGAUGAAAAAAGAAAAAAUUAAUCCUGUUCCUCAAAAGAUUUUAAAGGAUAAUAAUAAUUCAUAUAAAGUUGAUGAGCCUUAUUCUUGUCCAGUUUUUCAUAAUGAUUCUGAAAAAAACAGUUCCUUAUCUCAUAUAGAUGGUGAACAGAAAAACAAAUUAAAUGGUACUCCUAAAAGAGAAUUUAAAUCUAUGGAGAUAGAAAAAAAAUCUGGUAGCCCUGUCCAUACUAUUUCAUCCAAGAAAGGUGAUGCUAUGGACUUGAGCGUGCUAAAACCACUUAAUAUUAAAGAUACUGGUUCUGAAUUAGAAAAAGAUCCUAUGUGUUAUCUUGAUAUAUCAAACAAUUAUUUUGAAAGUUCUAAUUUUGAACAAAAAACACCAGAGUUGAAAACGAUUCCUCGAGUGGAAAAUGAUACAUCAAACCUUCCCUCUGAAAAGUGUGAGAUUCUAAACCAAACAGACCAAAUAUCGGACGUUAUGGAAAAUAGUGAUGAAAGUUCUGUUCAAGAAUCUAACUUCCCUAUUCUUGAUGAUGCCUUAUCUCAUAUUACCAAUCCUGAUAAAUUGUUAAAUAAUAAUAACUCUGUGAUUCCUAACGACAAUUUGCUUUUGCUUGCUCAUUGUUCUCAAGAAUAUGGUGGUCAAAUUAAAAAAGAAAAUGAAUCUUCUGAGGAUUGCUCUUUAGCUGUUAGCAAUAUAGCUUGUAGUGAAAGUCAUCCAAAAACUAUCAGAGAUAGUGUUAUCAAGUGUAGCUUGCGAUGGGAUAAAAUUUUUAAUAUUAUGUCCGAUGAAGUUAAUUCUCAACCAGACAUGUCACUUGACCUUGGCCCUGCCAAAGUUGAAUUAAGGUUGCCAUCAGACAAUUGUUCAUCAAAUCAUUGGAAAAUUGUUGAAGCUGAUAAUAAAAUACAAACUUCAUCGAUUGUUAAAGUUAAAAGGUUGAUUUUGAAGCGCAAAAAUCAAUCUGAAGAACGGAUACCCAAAAUGAUCAUUAAAAAAACUGAAGGUCAAGAAUAUCGAAGUUAUUUAAAAAAUGAAUCAAGUAAAGCAGUAUUGCAUUGUGAAAAAAUGAAGAUUUAUUGUGACAAGUUAUCUAAAUCACCUCAAAAACCAUCAGAUUCCUGAAUUUUAUAGUUUCUCGCCGAAUCAACAAAUCAUCAGAAAGAGUGCAACAGGAAAAAAUAAGUUUGUUUGAAAUAUUACCAAAUUCAGGUAGAAAUAUUGUGGGAAGGUAUGUAAGUGGUUCAUAAAAUUAGUUUGACAAACCUUAUGGUUCUUAUAACUUUAGAAUAUAUUGUAUUUUAUUGGUUUUUAUAUACAUUUAAAAUUUCUAAUCAUUCUAUUAGAAUAUUUCGAGCAUCAUGUCCAUAAAUAUGUUGAACUAUGUUAUUGAAAUAGUUCAAAUUAUUUAUUUAAAUUGAUUCUUUAAUGCAUAUAUAUAAAUCUUCAAUUUAUUACAAGUUUUUUGAAUGUGUGAUGUAGUGGAUUGUUCAUUUUAUUCAUUUGUGAUCGGAUUUAAAUCAAUUAGGGAAUCAUUAUAGACCUUGUGCUAUACAGUUUAUUGAUACCAUGGUAUUGCAGUAUAACAAACUAUUUUAAAAAUUUUAUUAGAUUCUAAAUUAUCUUCUCUUUAUCCUAUGUCAACAUGAACAUUCUGCUAGUCAUAUAGAGAAUAAAUGUAUAAUUAAUUUAAAAAGUUAUCUAUUUAUGUUUAUUUUUAUAUUGAUGAGGGGGGAAAAGAAUCCUUGAAAAUAUUGUUCUGGUUCUGAAAUACGUAUGAAACAAAAAGAAUAAUACCAUGCAAUAUUUUUGCUAUUUCAGAUGUUAAUACUGGUAUUUAUACUUAUUAUACUUCAUUUAAUUGUAGUAAUUAUAGUCCAUUAAUUUCUUUUUUUAAUAUGUGACAUAUGAAUGAAGUUAAAUUAAAUCACUAGACUGAAAUGAGUAUUAUAAUAUUAAUAAUUGAAGUUAUUGGUGUUGACAGAUAGUGUCUGUAUUAUCAUUUAAGAUAAUUGUAUCUUAAUUAAUUUGAAACUUGCUUGUUAUGUUAUAUAGACUUCCCUACUCUGAUUUAUCUUAGUAGCAAAAUGCACUUUAUUUAGAAGAUAUGUGUGCGUGUUUCUUUUUUAUCUCUUUUUUUUUUGUAUGUGUGUACUGUUCUUUUGUGUUUUCUGCACCAACAAAUUUUAUGUCUUUAAGUAUAAAUGAAUUCUUAAAGGUUGUGUUGAAUCAUGUUAUGAUCAUAAAAAAAAAAAAUGUCUGUGUUCACGGUGUUUAAGAUCAGUAUUGAUCAAAUAUUCUUAUCACUCUUGGGUUAAUAUUCAUCUGCUUGUUAUUCUUCUCAUUUAUGUUUGUUUACAAUUUUUUCCUAAUCCCAGUUAAUCAACAUUCCUUUCAGUAAAAAUAAGUACAAA